AUGACAAUGAAGGAAGGAAACGCAGACUAUCGGUUAUCUGAAACUUUUGAUUCAGUUUCAUCAGGAAGUGUACUCUUUAUGAAUGAGACUCUUUCGGAUUGUGAAAGUGCCCAACUCCUAGCUUCGGAUAUUAGCGGGUACUCAAACAUUACACGAUUUUCUUUGCCUGAUUGUGACACAACGUUGAACGAUUCAAUUCGAUCAGGCUCUUUAUUCGGAAGAGGGAGUGAUGUUUCAUCUGCUUACGGUCCUGAACUUGUCGCUGUUAAAAAAGGAACAUCUUUCAACAGCAGCAGAGCGAAUAAGCCAAUAACCGAACAGCCUCAAAGAUCUUGCCCGUUGUGCGACAUAUCAAUGAAAGCCGUUAAUAUUUUUCGACAUAUGAGAAGAUCGCAUGGUUGGAACGAAGAACAAAUCGAUGUGUUCAAAAUGCAACUAAGAAGGAAGAAAUACGAAGGAAAGAAACUGUUUGAAUGCUCAUCCUGUCCGGCCGUAUAUACCUCAGCCCCGGCAUUGAGAGAACACCAGAAAACCUACGGAUGUUCGAACAGUGCCGCCUUCGAGAAAGUUCGGAAAUUAGCUGCAGGAGAUACCUCUGAAAUCUCAAUGUUGGAAGAAACAAACAAAACUGAAUUAGAAGAAUGUCCAACUCUCGCCUCUCGAAACACAUCUGUUUCAAAUCGUAGUAUUGACAUCAGCAGAGUGCCAAUUGUUUCUGAUUAUAUUAAUGAAUGUGCAAAGUUAAGAAAUCGUUUGGCUACAAUGGAGAUCGAAGUAGUGGCGGAAAGUGUCUUUGAUGAGGCGGAAUACAAAUUGGAAAAGAUUAUGGAACUGUACAAGUUGAUAUUAGCCACCAAAGGAAACUGUGAAUUAAAGGAAUCCUCGCAGAACGAGCCUGCUGUGCAAUAA